CCCCACGCGGGGCGAGACGCGAGUGGGGCCGGGAUCGGGGACGGGGGAGUUUAGAGGCGCCGUAGGGCGGGAGUGUCUACGUGCCCUUCCCCCGCGUGGGCGCCCUGACCCGCUUUCCCCCGCCCCGCGCGUGGGGUGAGGCGGAGUGGGGUGUGUGUGGGGGGCGGUGGGCAGCGGGAGCGCGGCGGCGGGAGCGCGGCCGGGGAGGAGCGGGAGCGGAGCGAGCCAGCGGCAGCCCCGGGCCCGGUGCGGCCGAGCGGCGGGGAUGCGGCGAAGCGCGGCGGCGUGCUGGGCGCUGCUGCUGCUGGCCGCCGCCUUCUGCGACUCGGUGGCCGGCAAGGGGGGCCGCGGCGGCGCCCGCGGGGCCGCCCGCGGCGGGGUCGCCCGCGGAGCCGCCCGCGGGCGGGUGAAGGCAGCGGUGCCCCGUUACGGCUCGUCCGGGGCGGCCCUGCGGGUGGCAGGGGCGGCGGCGGCGGGAGCGGCGGCCGGCGUAGCGGCGGGGGCUGCCCUGCGGCGGGCCCGGUUGGCCGGGGAGCUGGAAGCAGGCAACGGCGGCGACUAUCGUGACGGCAACUGGACGGCCAGCGCCUGGACCUCUGCUGCGAUGGCCUGGGUCCCACCGAGCUGGGCCAUACCCUGGCUCUGUCCCCUGGCUGCCAUCCUCCGCCGCUGACGGCGGUGGUGGGACCUGACCGCACCCGGUGCAGAUACGGAUAGGACCCACCGGUCACCUCCCCCACCCUGGGCUAGCAGCGGCUCCCAGGGCUGUGCCCACCCCGUGCCCAGCUCACCCCAUAACCCGCCGCCACCGGGGCAGGACCCCACGGGAAGCCCUUCCACCACCCUCCCCUCACACCCCGUGCCAAACUCCCCCCAACUCUGGCACCCCCGUCUCAGCCACUCCUUGGUAUGGAGGGUCUCGUAGCGUUCGGAGGAUGAGGAGACGGCAAUAAAGGUGGAUGGAAAGCUGGUGUGGCUGGAUGUAGGGCUCAGGAUGAGGACACCAGGAUGGCCAGUGCCCCAGCACCCUGCGCAUGGGGGUUUUAUUUGGGGAUGGUGGUCCCAG